UCUCCCGUCGAAGUCCGAGCCGUUCGCUCACGUAACACACAAGAGGCCCUGGGCUCUUUUUUCUUCUCCCCAUCAUCUCAAUAGACAGCGGGAAACACGUCAAACAUUUCGGUGCGGUGGACACUUGUGUGUGUCUCUUUUGUCUCGAGCCUUUUUUUUUGUUGUUGUUCUCUCGCACCCAUCGAGACGAAAACAAAUGACAAGAAGCAAAAAGAAGAGGAGAAAAGAGGGAUUUUUCGCUUGGGCGUUGAAAUAAGAAUUCGCCUUUUUGAAACAGUUCAAAGGAACGGACGGAUUGUCAGCGUUUCCUUAUCUUUUUGCGCGAGUGUCGAGUGAUAAAAGUGAAACGACUUUAAACAAAAGAAAAAGAUUUUUUUCCAGUUUUAUGUGCCGCUCUUGACUGCGAUGUGAGUGAAAGAUUGGGCCAGACACAAUAAAACAAGAAAGAGAAAAAAUUUGUCAUCAAAGAAGUUCCGGUCUCAAAUUCCCAUUCCUUUUUGACAAAUUCUUUUGUGUUUUACUCUCAAAGACAUUUGCCAAUCAAGAUACAAAGAAGUGUAAAUUAACUGGCCGGCAUGGACUUGGCGGUUCAAUCAUCAAUCGCAGGGCCGGGCCCGUGACGACGACGACUCGCUGCGGAAAGAAAAUCCAUCCGUCACAUUUUGUCUCGUUCAAACUUUCCAACUUUAAAAACCCGAGCGAUGGUGGAUGAGGUGUUGUUGUGGAUGAACUCUAAUUGGUCAACGACGGCCUUUUCGACGGAUCGCUCCUUCACGAUGGACGAUCGAAACUCCACGGUCGGAAUGACGUCCACCGACAACGGUGACCACCUCCAGCCGCUUUUUUCAGAAUACCCCGACGAGGUGCUCCACUUCGCCGUCGGCGCUUGUGUCCUUUUCACUUUGAUUGGCGUCCCAGGAAACUUUAUUACCAUCGUCGCGCUCCUACGCUACACUAAAGUGCGGAACGCGACGGCGAUGUUUAUCAUUAACUUGAGCGUGUCCGAUUUGAUGUUUUGCUGCUUCAACUUACCGCUGGCCACGUCGCUGUUCUACCACCGGGCCUGGGUCCACGGCGAGGCCCUCUGCACGCUCUUCCCGCUAAUGCGCUACGGACUUUUGGCCGUUUCCAUCUUCACCGUCUUGGCCAUCACGCUCAACCGCUACAUUAUGAUCGGCCACCCCAGGCUCUACCCAAAGCUGUACAAAAGGCGCCACCUGAUCCUGAUGAUCGCCCUGACGUGGCUGGGCUGUUUCGGCUCGCUGCUGCCCACCUUGCUGGGCCAAUGGGGCACUUUUGGACUGGACAAGGAAAUCGGAUCCUGCUCGAUCCUGCCCGACGCUCACCGCCGCUCGCCCAAGGAGUUUCUCUUUGUCGUGGCUUUUGUCCUGCCCUGCCUGGCCAUUGUCGUCUGCUACGCCAGGAUCUUUUUCAUCGUCAGACGGGCGGCGGCCGUCUCGCACGGCAACCAGCAGCAACAGAACCACCAGAGUCAACAGUCGGGAGCCUCGGCCGGACUCAAACCGUCGGCCAGCGUCAGGUCCAGGACCGGCAUCGGUGGCAUCGUUCCAGGAGAGAUGAGACGGGGAUUGAUGCUGCCCGGAUCGGCUGCCGCACUGACGCAUCCGGGCUACGUCAAACAGUCGCUGAACAACCCGCCGUCCGUCAUGGAGGCCUCCUUCCAUCUGACGUGCUGCGAAUCGCAACAAGGAAGUGGAUCGACCGAAAUCAGCGAGGAAACAACCGAAAGGUCCGGCCACCACUUGGCCGCCGGAGCGCUGGAGCCGCUAGUCGCGACGACAACAGCGACAGUUGUUAUUCCAAAGAGAACCGGAUCGAUUUUGCGCUGGAGUAAACCGGCAGCGGCAUCGGCGGCGUCGAUCCAGCACAAAUCGUCGCCCAUCCGCAUUGAAGUGGAGAGAGGCAGCGAAGUGGCCGGACCAUUGCCCGACUUCCAGUCUCAUCCGUCGGCUGAAAAGCGGCGGAUUUCCGUUUCUUUCAUGGAGCCGGAACCGUCGGAGAAUUCCCAGCAAUUGCUCCAGCCAACCGAAGCCCAGCAGCAAUACCUUCGCGUUCCAGGUGUCCAGUGUUCGCCCAGCAACCCCGCCAGCAACGCCAUCAGUCUCAAUCUGCCGCCCAGUCAGAAAUCGUCGGCACCUUCCGUCACCGAGGAUGGCGAGCCGGUCAUCGGCAGUCCCGUCCAUUCCGAGGCUUCUUCCAUCGGCUCGACGGCCGCCAUUCCGACCGGAAUAGCUCCUCCAGGGGUGGGUGGUGUGGACACGGGUCGAUCGGUUUUGGGAGCGGCCCUGUCCCAGGUCAGUGGUGCCCUCCACCGUCGCUCGACCCGAAACAAAUCGUCAACGCGGAGGCAUCCGGGCCGGAUGACGGCCAAAGAUCGUAAACUCUUGCAAAUGAUUCUGGUCAUUUUCGUCUCGUUCAUCGUCUGCUACAUGCCCAUCACCCUGGUCAAAUCGCUGAGCAAGGAGGUGGACCUGGGCGGGGCCAUCAACAUUGUCGGCUACGUCCUCAUUUACUUGACGACGUGCAUUAAUCCAAUCAUCUACGUCGUCAUGAGCUCCGAGUAUCGACAGGCCUACAAGAAUCUGCUGACGUGCAAGCAGAGCCAUCACGCGGCCAUCGGCGGAGGAGGAACCGGAAUCGGCGGCGGCGGCGGCGGUGGAGGAUUAGGAGGAGGCGGACCCUUGCCCAGCCGCAGCUUCUCACAGAAAGCUUACUGAUUUGAUUGAUCCGCAACUAUAUUGGACAACAAUUACACCAUUAUAACUGUUCGGUCCUUUUCAUCUCUCCCCUCCUUCCGUCGCCUCAAUUGUCAUCGCUGGAUUCAAAUGGAAUUGACGGUCCUGCUGGUUGUCGGUUGCCUAGCAACCGCGUUACCAACGACAGCCAUCAGUAUAUAAUAGAAAAGAAAUGGAAGAAAGAUCAAGACAAAAUAAAAGGACUCAACUUGUAUGUCACGGGCUGUUUGGUUUAUUCUGAAUCAUUUUUAAAGUUAAAGAAAUUACGGCGUAUUGUUUUAUCGAUUAUAUUCUAGUCCUCUCAUUGGCGGGUUGACAUCUAAUUACAUACUACACUGACUUAAGUAUACGUAUUCAUUUCACAUCAAGAAAAUUCGACGUUGUACAUUCCACUCGGCCAUUUCUAAUUGUUCACCCAUUCAUUUUACGCUUGCGAUUUACGAUUCGUCCAUUUAAAAAAUAAACAACCUGUUUGAUGGCUUAUUUGAAUGUUUCUCGGCAGACAACGUUUGAUUGUGAUACAUAGCAAGUAUGACAAACACCAUAGGAAUUUCAAUAAAAAAGAAAAACGAAGAGGAGGAAAAAAUAAAGUUUGAAUUCUUGUCAAACAACACACACAAGUCAAUGCCGAGUGGUCAAAUAUUGACACUGCCGGCUCCCCCCCCACCCAUUUUUUCAUCAUCCCGUCUUCUAUUCUAUAAUAAUAAUUGUCUCUAAAUAUUUGCAGUUACGUGUCACUUGUUCUACUAUAUAGAGUUUCGCUUGGCGCGCUGUGAGUUCAACAGCCAGCAGUGUCUCACCCCACAUGUUAUUAUUAUUAUUAAAAAAACAAGAUCAAUGUUUGCACAGCAACAACACUUUUCUAUUCACCCUUGCAGCCCAUCCAUUUCGGUAAUUUUAUCCCGCGUGUGUCUCAUCCAGGAAUUAAGUAAAUUAUGUUUCUUCAUCAUCUCUUUUCAUCGAUCGAUUUGUUGCUAUAAAGUGUGCCGCUGCCUGUUAUUUAUAUAUAUACAUGUGUGUAUACUCUACUAUGUUCUCUAUAUAUUUAUCAAAUUAUCAAGCAGAUCAACGUGAUGAUGGCGAAACAACACACACACACACACACACACAAAUACAAAUAUAUUA